AUGCCGCCACGAGUUCCUCUGUUUUCGAGCCUAAGAGCUCUGAAUGGGCAUGGCUAUACCGCAUCUCCAUCAGCGCAGAUCUGUCGAACUUUUGCCUCGACAUCCGUAGACCAGGCCUCAACCGUCCAGCAGAAGAGACGACACCGCGACCCGUAUGCGCUAGCGCAAGCCCGUGCUCGUAAAGCUGCCAACAUAUCGCGCCAGCAAGUCCUUGAGCAGGAGCGCUCAGCAGCCCUCGGUGAUCCCGUACGAGGCAUCACCACUCCCUUCGUCCAGUCAUUCGAGACGGCCAUUCCUUCAACUCCUACCUCUUCCGCCAGCGACACUCAUGCUGCCACACGCAAUGAAUCAUCCUCGCCGAACCGAUCCCCAUCUGGUCCAAACGCCCAGAAUGAGGAAUACAAGAACUUCUUCCUUACUCAGCGGGAAAUCCAGGAGGCCUCCAUCCGCAGUGAACAGUUGACUGCUUCCGUCGCCGAUCAAGACUUCUUCGAGACCAACGAUCCAGAAGAGAAACAACGCAGGGAACAGGAACACCAACAACACGAGCAAGAGCGCAAAGAGAGACACGCCACGGCCACCGAGGCUCUCAACCGUAUCGUGUCAUUGUCUAACGGCUCGUCCAAGGAUCGUCUCCGUGUCAACAUUCAACGCUGUGUCGAUACUUUCGGUCGCCAUCAGACAGACAAGAAACUGCCUCCCAAGCCUCCAGUCGCCGAAUCAAUCCUUCUGAAGAACCCUAGCGCAGUCACACAGAAAGUCGAGCGCGCUGGCCCUGACACAGGUAGUAGCGAGGUUCAGAUCGCCAUCUUGACGGCCAAGAUCAAGACGCUGGCCGAUUUCUUGGAGAGCAGAGGAAGACCUGAUAAGAUCAACAAGCGCAACCUGACCAUCUUGGUCCACAAGAGACAAAAGCUUCUUCAGUAUCUCAGGCGAAAGGAAAGAGGUGGGCCAAGAUGGCAACACCUGAUUGAGACACUCGGCCUGACCGAGGGAACAUGGAAGGGUGAGAUCAGUCUACGAUAG